CACGGCGGGCACCGGCACCCGCCGGGCCGACACCGCCACCGGCACCGCCACCUCCGCGGGCGGGGCCGUCAGAGACCGGCACCGACCCGACCCGACCCGACCUGACCUGACCUGACCUGACCCGACUCGACUCGGGCCGGGCCACCGACACAGAUCCGGGCCGGGGCACCGGAGAUCGGCACCGGUGAUCGGCACCCGACACCGGCACCCUCAGCAGUCUGUGGGACCCCGGGACUGGCACCCCCGAGCGAUCCCCGCAGGGCCGCGCUUUCGCCGGUCCCGCCCCGGUCCCUCGCAGCGCUCUCCCCGGCGGGCCGAGGCGGCAGCGGCCGGGCCCGGUGCCCGGGGCUGUGAGGGGAGCGGGCACCGCACGGAGCCAUGGCCAUCGCGGCCGUGCCCGCGGCCGAGUCCCGGCUCUGCGGCAACUGCAAAAAGGAUAUUCCUGCAGUCAAUUUCAUCAUCCAUGAAAUCCACUGUAGAAGAAAUAUUGAAAUAUGCCCCUACUGCAGCGACUCCAUCCCAAAGUCUGAGAUGAAGAACCACAUUGAGUCUGAACAUGUGCAGGUCACCUGCAAAUGUAGGAUGAAGAUGGAAAGCAGCCUCCUGAAGGACCACGAGGCGUCCUCGUGCCCGCUGCGCCCCGUGCUGUGCCAGUUCUGUGACAUCCAGCUGGCCUUCAACAAGCUCCAGGAGCACGAGCUCUACUGCGGGGCCAGGACCGAGCCCUGCGGGCGCUGCGGCCGCAACGUCCUGCUCAGGGAGCUCAGGGAGCACCCGCGGCUCUGUGGCAGGGAGGAGAAGGCAGCCGAGGGCAGCGGGACAGCGCCCGCCUCCGGCAGCGAGGAUGGAGCCGGCAGGGGCCGCCGGGGAGCAGGAGAUGAGCUGGAGGGACCUGAAAUCCUUCACUCCCAACUUCCUGAAGACUGGAAUGCUGACCUGGACUAUGUGUUGGCUCUCAGCAUGCAAAGUGAGAAUAAUCCUCACCAUAAUACUGCAGCUGACAUUCCCAGGGAUUUCUGGGAAUAUGACUACACCAAAGAGCCUGGACAAUCUGCCCAUCUUGAUGAAACAGACCUGUCCAACAUCUCCUGUGACUCUCCAGGGUCCUUUAGCACAUCAAACCACAGCAAAACAGACAAGGAGACGAUCAUGUUGCCCUGCGAGUUCUGUGAGGAGCUGUGUCCUGCUGAAGAUCUGAUCCUUCACCAGACAGGGUGUAACCCAGCAAGUGCCUUUGCCUCGUUCAGUAAGAGAAGUUCUUCUCCAAAUCCAUGGGAAUGCAGUGGUCUGCGAGCUGGGGGGUCCAACAGCCACAGGACUGUCCCUUCAUCCCAGCCCCAAGCUGUCCAGGCAGAAGGAGACAUCAUGAUUCCAUGUGAAUUCUGUGGCAUCCAGCUGGAAGAGGAGAUUCUCUUUCAUCACCAGCACCACUGUGACCUGCGCCCUGCCAGCCCCACAGGUGACACUGCAGCUCGGGAGCUGCCGGCUCAGCCCCACGGGGACAGACGGGAAUCGCCAGAGCCGGCUCGGCGACGGAUCCGGCACCAAGGAGAUGUUUCUCCUUGGCACGCAGAAGGCUCUGGGAAGCUGGGGCUGUGCCCUGCUGCAGGGACCAGGCUGAGGACGGAGGUGGCCAAGGCUGGGAACGCGGCGUUGUCCCCUCCAGGGAGAGCCGGUGACACGCGGGGCAAGCCCGGGAAGGGGAGUGGCAGUGAGGGGACAUGGAAGGACAGAGGUGACACUGCAGCUGGGACAGCACCCCGGGCAAGACCUGCUCAGCACUUCCAGGCAGAAACCUUCGCUUCCAGCUCCUCCAGAGCUUCUCCAGCCCAGCCAAGCUCCAGCGCCGCAGGAGGAAGGAGCCUGGGGCUGUCGGACGGGCGCAGCGGCCUCCGGCGCCGGAGCUCCAAGGCAAAAACCCAGAGCCCAGCAGCCGGACAGCCGGAGGAAUGAGCCAGGCCUGUGGAAAACAUGGAGCACCCAGCCCUCCCCCCAGGCUCUGCCAAACUCGUUGGUCCAAGUGCAAGCAAAUUCUGACACUGAGCUUCAAUUUUUAGGCAGUGAUGAUUUUCUAAAUCUCUAUUUUUAAUCUGUGAGAGCAAACUUCAGGUUUUUAUGUCUCUGAUCGCUUCAAGCAUCACCCCCAAGGCAUCCAGUCUCACCUUGGGCCCCACCUGAGUUCUGUGUCCAUGUGGGCUCCUUGUGUCACCCUGGGAUGGGAUUUGCACCACCCUGAGCUCUGGGUGUGUCCUGCCCUGGAAUGCUCAGGGACAGCUGGUGACACCAACAGGGAGCAGUCAGCGCUCCAGACCUGUCCCACACAGAGCAGGGUCAGGGCUCCAAGGCUUCUCAACGCUGCAUUUUCAAGUUAAAGCUUUUUAAGUUCCUUGGAAUAAAAUUUCUCUGAUGCUGUCCCAAA